AUGUUAGCCACCAGCAAUAUUCUACGAUGCAGGAAUCAAAUCAUUUCAAAAAACAUUAUACAGUCAUUAACUCAUUAUAAUUCACUCAAAACCCUACCUAGUUCAAGAUCUGUCAUAAUACGGCACUUUACCAACUCACCUUGUACUAAAUUCACAACAUCAAAGCUGUUGCGUAAUGAAAAGUCAAGUAACAAAGAAGAAAUUUCAAAUAUAUCUAGUACCAAAGCAUCAAUCUUAGCUCAAACAAAUUCAAAACUACAACGAUUAUGGCUAAGUGUUAAAUGGCCUUUAAUAAGAGACGGCAAAACCUCAAAAUGGGACGUGUCAUCAGCUUUUAUUUCAACAAUGAUAAUGGGUAACUUAUUAUGGAUCUUACUUGGUACUACUACAUUUGGAUUAGUAGUUAUGUAUUCUUUACAUUAUUUGGAUAAUAUAUUUUCAAAUUCUGAUUCUAAAGAAGAACAAAAGCAUAAAAAUAGUGUGUUUGGGUAUAUUGCUAGUAGUAUAUUAUCAAAUGGUUUAGGAUUUAAAUUACAAUUUGAAAAAGGUGUAUUACCUGAAUUUAAAGAUGGAAAAUUAAGAUUCAAUAAUUUUAAAUUAAUUUCAAAAGAUAAUAGUCAAUUAGAUGUUAUAGCAAAUGUUGAAACUAUGGAUUUAACAUUAUCAUUUAACAAAUGGUAUGAAGGAAAAGGAUUGAUAUACGAUAUGGAUAUAUUCGGAUUAAAUGCUAAAAUCGUUAAAAAGUCUAAUAUCGAAAAUGAUAUGGUUGAUAUUGAUAAAAAUUAUCUUUUUGAACAUAUCAAAAUACGUGAUUCAUUUUUAGAAAUAUAUGAAGCAAAUUCAGAUGAACCUACUACAAUAAAUAUAUUUAGUUGUGAUUUACCAAGAUUAAGAGGUGAUCAAUUAGUAAUUGAUUUUCUCAAUGCAAAUAAUGCUUCAGGAGCAAUUAAUAAUUCAUUAUUUACUAUACAUAAAAGACAAAGCUUAGAUCCUCAAAGUGAACCUGAUGAUAAAUUAAUCCGAUUUAAAUUAGAUACUAUUGAUUUAGGUAAAGUUUCAAAAGCUAAUCCAAAAUCAAAAUUUAAUUGGAUUGUUAAUGGAAAAGCAGAAGUAAUUGCAGAUAUAACAUUACCUAAAGAUGAAGAAAAUAAUGAAUCAAUAAGUGAAGUAAUAACAAAAUUAUUUAACAAUAUUUCAAAUAUGAAUAAACCUUCUGAAAAAUCUAAUGAAGAUUCACUAUUAAAAGAUGCAAUCAAUGCAAUUUAUCAAACUUUCAAAUCUUCAGAAUCAGAAGAUAAAUUACCAAAUGAAUCAUAUGUUAUGGUUAAUGUAAAAGUUAAAUUCUCAGAUUUACAAGCAAGUUUACCACAAAAUUUACCAUUAUCAUCAAAUCAACUACCAUUUAUUUCAUUAUCAGAUUUAAGAACCAUUAUCGGAUUUAUUAAUCAUGAAAAAAAUCCAAUAACUUUAAAAACAACAAUUAUUGAAAAAAUUUCAAAUUUAUAUAAUAUUGAACAUUUAGGUCAAACCAAGAUGUUUGAUUCUAUAAUUGCUGAUAUGUAUGAAGAAUUAACUGGUAUGGUUAAAGAAGAUGAGAAAAGAAUUGUUUCUUCUCAAACUUGGACUAAAACUAUAGCUACUCAAUUAAUAUUAAUUGGAUUAGGUGCAUUAGCUUAA